AUGAGAAACAAUCAAGUAAGAUUGAACAAUGGCACCACCAUACCUUUACUUGGUAUGGGAACCUACUCUUUUGAAAAUGAUAGGAAAAUCACUGAGCAUGCUAUCCAAGCUGCCCUAAAGAUGGGAUAUAGGCACUUUGACACAGCUCAAAUUUACGGCUCGGAGGCUGCGUUAGGGAAUGCAUUGAAUGACGCGAUAUCAAAUGGAGUCGUUCGGAGAGAGGAGCUUUUCGUUACGUCUAAACUGUGGGGAAGCCAUCACCACGAUCCUGUUUCAGCACUACAAAAAACUCUCAAGUGCAUGGGGAUGGAAUACAUCGACAUGUAUCUCGUGCACUGGCCUGUACGAUUGAAGCCUUGGGUUUGCGAUCCGAUACCUGAAGAGGACGAAUUCGAACCUUUAUGUCUCGAUGUGACAUGGUUCGGCAUGGAGAAAUGCUUGGAGAUGGGCUUAUGUAAGGGUAUUGGCGUUAGCAAUUUCUCUUGCAAAAAACUCCAAAAUCUGUUGGAUUUCGCAUCCGUACCUCCGGCUAUCAAUCAGGUGGAAAUGCAUCCUAUGUGGAGGCAAAGAAAGCUAAGAGAUCUCUGUAGGGACCACAACAUCCACGUCAGCGCAUAUUCUCCAAUAGGAGCUCCGGGAAAUUUUUGGGGAUCAACGGCCGUGAUUGAGAAUCCGUUGAUCAAAUCAAUGGCUCUCAAGCACGGGGCAACUCCAGCUCAGGUUGCCCUGAGCUGGGGUUUGUCGAAGGGCGCGAGCGUGAUCGCGAAGAGUUUCAAUCUAGAGAGGUUGAAGGAGAACAAGGGGGCUCUUGAACUCAGGUUGGAAGACGAUGAAAUACUCGAAAUCGACUCGAAAUUGAAGGAGAUGAAGAUCAUGAGAGGGGAUGUUUAUGUUAAUGAUGCAACAAGCCCUUACAAAACAAUUCAAGAAUUGUGGGAUGAUGAGAUUUGA